AUGUCGGCCCUCACCGAGAUCACCACCGAGGCCGACUUUUCGUCGCACCUCUCGUCACUGGCACCGUCGGCGCUAGUAAUCCUAUACUUUCACACGCCCUGGGCUGCUCCAUGCACGCAAAUGCGCGCUGUUCUUUCCGCCCUGGCUUCGCAGUACCCCGCCGCCUCCCCGCCGACCAUCUCGUUUCUCAGCAUCAACGCCGAGGAGCUGCCCGACAUCUCGGAGGAAUAUGACGUCUCGGCCGUGCCCUUCGUUAUCUGUCUGCGCAGUGGCCAGAUCCUUGAGUCCAUCAGCGGCAGCGACGCCAUCAAAGUGCGUGACGCCGUCGAGCGCCACGCCGGCCGCGGCAAUGUCGCCGGCGCUACUGCCCCCGUCGAUGGUGUGAGCAGGGCCAACAUCCCCCCGCCACUCUCUGCUGUGCCUCGCGAGGACGGCCCGACUACGGCUACUCAGGCACCGGUUUCCGGCCAGGACGCCUCGGCCGGCCCAGCUGCGAAUGCUACAGCUGUUGCGCCCGCCCCAACUCUGAACCCGGAGCAGUCCAAGGAGGCACUUUUUGCUCGUCUGGCGGAACUUGUUAAGGCUGCUCCGGUCAUGCUGUUCAUGAAGGGAACCCCCAGCGGCCCGCAGUGCGGUUUCAGUCGGCAGUUGGUCGGUAUUCUGCGUGAGCGCAGUGUCAAGUAUGGGUUCUUCAACAUCCUAGCCGACGAGGACGUGCGGCAGGGUCUGAAAGAGUUCGCCGACUGGCCGACUUUCCCACAGCUGUGGGUGAACGGGGAGCUGGUUGGUGGAUUGGAUAUUGUCCGUGAGGAAAUCAAUGCUGACCCCAACUUCUUGGGCGAUUUCUCUGUCAACAAGCCGGCGGCGGCUGCGUAG